UAGCCUGUCGAUUCGCUCUGCUAUGGAUUGGUGCGCCCUGCAGGAUCUGCUCCAGGAACGGCGGCGAGGGGAGGAAAGGCCAAGAUGGCGGCUGCAAUGAAAGCGCGGAAGGGGCCGAGCGGUUAAUCGAGAGGGAAAUACGCGGAUAUUCCCGAGCCGCCUGACCGUGUGAUGGGAGCGGGAUAAGGCGGGAUGUGUGAGAGCUACUCUCGCUCGCUACUGCGAGUGUCGGUGGCGCAGAUCUGUCAAGCCCUGGGCUGGGACUCCGUGCAGGUCACAGCCUGCGAUCUGCUCACCGAUGUACUGCACCGAUACCUGCAGCAACUGUGCCGGGGAGCACACCGCUACUCCGAGCUCUAUGGGCGCACAGAUGCAGUUUUGGAUGAUGUUGGUCAGGCGUUUAAGUUGAUGGGUGUGAACCUCAAUGAACUUGAAGAUUACAUCCACAAUAUCGAACCAGUUACUUUCCCGCAUCAGCUUCCGUCCUUUCCUGUUUCCAAGAACAAUGUCUUGCAGUUUCCUCCUCCAGACAGUAAAGAUUUUGAGGAUCGGAAGGAAUAUAUUCCAGAUUAUUUACCUCUCAUCGCCUCUUCACAAGAAGAGGAAGAAGAGGAACAAGUGCCCACAGAUGGCGGGACCUCCGCAGAAGCUAUGCAAGUACCACUGGAAGAAGAAGAAGAAGAAGAGAUGGAAGAUGAUGAAAUUGUAAACGAUGAAAACUAUUUAAGUAAAAGACCAUUAAGUAGUCCAGAGAACAUGGAAAUGCCUUUUGCAAAACGCCCACGGUUGGCAAAUAUUAAAGGAGAUGUUUUAGAUGGUAAUCUGGAACCACGAGAGCCACUUAGUUCAAUAAACACACAGAAAGUUCCCCCUAUUUCACCUACUCCUAUACAGGACAAUAUAGAUCUGGCUCACUCUUCAGAACCACUAACCUUGCCUCCAGUUUCAAAAUCUCAGCCUCCUCCUUCAAAACCAUUAGAAUCGAAAGCAUUGAACUCCAAAUCAAAAUCAAAAGGUGGCUCACCAGGGCAGAAAAUUAAAUCACCCAAAUCUACCCCAGUGGCUGCUGUGCUCGGUAGCCCCAUGCGUUCACCUAAAAGUGGCCCAAAAGAGAAGAAAUCUCCUGGACGUGCCAAGAGUCCCAAGAGCCCCAAAGGUCCUGCAGCUGUACCUGUUAAGGCAGAAACACCAGUCCGGACGCCUUUAGCUGCAUUGAGUGAAAAGAUUGGAAAGGAGAAUAUACAGAUAAAGCAGACUUUAGCCCCACUUGACACUGAGAAAUUGAACCCUGAGACUCCAUCAAAAAAACCUUCAGUGACUGAUAAUACUAUUGAAGACUCAAUUGACGCUGUAGUUGCUCGUGCCUGUGCAGAGCAAGAACUUGACCCAUUUGAGUUUUCCUCUGGUUCAGAGUCAGAAGAUGAAGUUUUUACAAGCCCAAAAAGACUUACAAUAUCAGAGCCUGCCACUCCUAAGGUUUCAUCUUCUAGCAGCAGCCUUGCAAAGCCUGGAAGUAAUCCAGCACCUCCUUCUGGUGGUGCAUCAAGUUCUGAUAUUUCAUGGACAAUGGAUGACUCCAUAAAUGAGGUAAUUAGAAAAGUUAACCAAGAAACACCAUCAAAUAUACCUGGCAAUCCUCAAUGCUUCUCUUCUCCUUCUGCCUCACCACCUACUCCAGAGCCCCUUCUAAAAAUCUUUGAGGACAAAGCAAAACUAGCUUCUCCAGUGGAAGUGAAGAAAAAGGCAAAGAAGGAAGUGAAGGCUAAGAUGAAGAAAAAGGACAAAGAAAAGAUCAAAGAGAAAGACAAGGACAAAGAAAGGACUAAGGACAAAAAUAAGGAGAAAAACAAAGAGAAGGAAAAAGAUAAAGAUGGGGGCAAAGAGUCAAAAAGUUUGUGGAAGGACGCAAUCCGGGAUGAUGAGACAGAGAUGCAAAGAUUUAAGCUCAAAGAUUUUAAUGAUCCAGAGGUAAAAUCGAAACAGAAAGAAAAUUCUGGAAAGAAAGACAAAGAGAAGCAUAAAGAUAAAAAGAAAGAUAAGGGUAAGAAGGACAAGGAAAAGAAAGACAAAGGAAAGGAUAAGGAUAAGAAUAAGGAAGACAAGCUGAAAACGUCUGCUCCUAUUUUGUUAACGCCUAAGGAAAUUGCACUACCCACAAUUAGCACCCCCAGCUCAGUCAGACUGCCAUCUUUACUUUCUACCAUGUCACCGCUUCUCCCUGAAAAACUAUUCGAGGAUAAAGAGAAACCUAAGGAGAAGGACAAGAAAAAGGAAAAGAAGGAGAAGAAGAAGAAAAAAGAUAAAGAGAAGGCAAAGGAGAAGGAUAAAAAAGAAAAGGACAAGAAGGAGAAGGACAAAGACAAGCAUAAGCAUGAGAAACAGGUUAAAACAGAGCUAUCCAUUCCUGCUCCUUCACCGGUAAUCCCUAGGCUGACGCUGAGGGUGGGUGCAGGUCAAGAUACGAUAGUCAUCAGUAAAGUGGUGCCUACUCCAGAUGGCAAACAAUCUGCUCCACUAGCUCUGCCUAAAUCUCCACCACCGGCCCCAUCUCCUGCUCCCGCACCAGUUGUCAUUCCUCCGCCUCCUGUUAAAGCUCCUCCAGUUCCUGCAGCUCCAUCACCAGCUCCUAAACCUGCUCCUCCUCCUGCUGCUGCUGGAAAUACUAGCAACUCUAAAACACCAGUCAGGAGUGUGGUUACGGAGACAGUCAGCGUUUAUGUAAUCCGAGAUGAGAUGGGCAACCAAAUAUGGAUCUGCCCUGGGUGCAACAAGCCUGAUGACGGCAGCCCAAUGAUUGGUUGUGAUGGAUGUGAUGACUGGUAUCACUGGCCUUGCGUUGGAAUCAAAGCUGAACCAACUGAAGAUGAAUGGCUUUGUAAGAAAUGUGAUACCAAGAAGAGAGAUAAAAAGCACAAGAAAAGGAAGCACAAAGCUCAUUGAGGUUAUCACCUUUUGGAUCCCUUCGCUUUUCUUCACUGCUACCACUGGAGAGCUAAAGGAAACCUGUAACAGUUCAGCUGUUGUCUAGAGAUCCCAUUGUGCUUAAUCUGUGAAUAGUCGGAUUUCUACACAGGGCUGACACAUGAAAGGUUGGCCACCUUAAUUCUGGAGGAACGUAUAGCAAGGCAGCAUACUUUUGCAAUCCAUUCUUGUGGACUUUUGAGCCAGUGGAAAAAUAGUCUAGGUUAUUGGCCUGCCGUUGCUCUGGCAGUAAUUCAGCCACAGGAUAUAGGACAGAAAUAGGCAAGACUGCUCAUUACCCCUUUUUCUCUGUUCGGCAACAGCCCUUAAUUAUUGUAUCAUAAUUUAUUUCGUUGUUUCAUUGUUUUCACAAAACUGUACUUUAAAUGGAUUUUGCAAUCUCUAGAAGACCUGUAGUGAAUUAUUUCAUAGACUCUGAAAGAAUGGUACCCAUUUUGAUUUCAAAGCCAUGCUGUUCUUGCUAAUUAUAAGACUAGUGUAAACCUAGCCUAACAUUUCGUCAAGUACCUAUUUUGGUUAGAAAAAUAUACACAGAUCCAUUUUAUUUUAUUUUUUCUGCUCCUAUAAAUAAAACCGCUUUUUUUGUCUUUUCAAAAUAUAUAUAUUUUUAAAAAAAAAAUCUUUCUAUCAUACAAUUAUUUCCUAGGAGAUUUCAUUAUCUGUAAUAUAUUUUAAAUUUGUUUUGAUCCUAUUUUUUUUUUUUUUUAUUAUAAAUACAUGUCCAAAUAUACUGUGUUCCUACUGCAUGUACUUGGCAUACAUUGGUUUAAAUUCCUUUACAUUUGCUCCCUCCCCCCCCCUCCUCAGUUUUUUUUUAUUUCUUACUGAGUUGCAUUACAAUCUGCCUAUCAUAACAAGCUGGAGAGAUGUAUUUCUGUAUAAACCUUUAUAUGCUGUUGUCUCUGCUUGUUUUACAAUGGAGCUUAAGCAGCAUUGAGUAUGUGCGUUUUGUAUAUAUUAAAGGUGUGUCUCAAAUAUA